GUUUUGUCUUUAGUAGGAAGUAUGUCUCCUGAGGGUGAACUCCAAAGCCCCCCUCUUGGUUUCAGCUCUAGCAGGGAGGAUGUCCCUCUGAGCUGUGGGGACCUAGCCAGCUCUCAUGAGCCGGGGAGAAGGAGCAGGACCCGCAGCAGUCUCAACACCAGAACCCCAGAGGCUGGCAUCACCUGUCAUGGAGACUUUGCGGAACAAAAAAGCCCCCUUCUGAAAAUACUGAUGGAUGCAGAAGCAGCUGCCAACUCUGCUGCCGUACAACUUGUGUCUUUUAAAGAUGCCAUGGAAGAGGAAUUUUCUGAUUCGAGACAGUCUGCCAGUGAUAAACGCAGAGUAGCAAGACAAAGAGGACUUUUGCUGGAGAAGUUGGAGUAUUUUAGACGAAUAAAUAAGUCAGUUCGACAGAAACUAAAACAGCUCCAAGAUGCAGAGGCUGCUCAAAUUGAUGCUGACCACCAAACUGACAUCUUAUUAAAGAGGAUCACACAAGCUGAGAGUGAGAAUGAGCAUUUAAAAAGGGACCUGAGAGAGACGGAAAGCAAAGUUGAAGAACUGAUGGAUUUGCGGAGAGAAGAGCAGGAGAACAUAAAGACCGCCGUUCACAUGACCAAGUCUGUGGAGGCGACUCGUGCUCACCUGCAGGGCCAGCUCCGCACCAAGGAAGCAGAGAACAACCGUCUGACUGUACAGCUACGGACUGUGGAGAGAACUCUGGUCGAGCAAAAGAUGGAGAUCAAUGACCUGAAAGGAUCCAUUACAACUUUGACUGAGAAGGCAGCAAAGGACAAAGAAUCUCUGAAGAAAGCCACCCGAGCUCAGAAACACAGAGCUGAGAGGUUUGAAGCUGCUAUUGAGAAAUGCUACGCGCAACUGAAGGAAAAGGAUGCUCAGCUGGCUAACGCCCGGUUAGAAAUGGAGUCCAGGAGACGGCAAAAGGAGCAGGAAACAAAUGAGAAAGACAAACUUGAAGCUCACGUAGAGUUGUUGAAAAGCCAUAUUGCAGACAUGAAAGCCAGGCUGCAGAACGAGAAGGACGAGCUGGCUGCAGCUAAUGAAACUGUGAUGCAACGUGUUGAAAAACUCAGCACUGAAAAAGGAGACCUCCUCGUCAAUAAUGUAACACUGAAGGCAUCUGUUGCUCAGCUGGAGCAGCAACUGGCUGAUUGUGAGUCGAACCUGAUAGAAGAAAAGAUUGUGUCUCAGGAGAGCAAACAUCAAGCCGAGCAGAGCCAGCGCCAGAUUGCAGAGAUUCAAGCUGAGUUGGAUGAUCUGGGGAGAAAAUAUGCAAAUCUUUUAAGAGAGACCGAGAAGACACAAAAUGGAAAAGAUACAGAAGUUGAGAAGGUGAGGCAGCAGCUGCAGAGGCGUGUGGACGAACUGGAGCGUUACCCCGAGUUACUGAGCGCAGCAGAGCUGAGUCUCUUCGAGUGCCAGGAGAACCUGCGGCGCUCGGAGAGGAAGUGCUCAGACAAGUCAGAGUCCGUUAGGCAACUGCAGGUUCAGAUGGAAAGUCAGACAAAACUGCUGAGAUCAUCCGAGGAGAUGAAAGAGUCCAUUCAUGAUGCCAAUUCACAACUACACCAGAAAGUGAACUCUCUCCAACAGAAGAUGGAGGAGCUGCAGCAGGAGAACCUGGAGCUGGUGAGGAGUCUGGCAGCUCAGGAGGAGGCGCUGAGCUACAGCAGCCGGCAGCUGGACCAGCGCUCCUCAGAGAGCCAGGCCCUCAGCCGGCAGCUGGAGGCGGCUCUGUCAGACGUCAGACAUCAGGUCAACAAGGUUAAAGACCAGGCUGCUGCCAGAGAGGAAGCCCUUCAGACCAAAAUCCUGGAGCUGGAAGCCGAGAAGAGCAGAAGAGCCAAUGAGCUGAGGCUUCUUCGCCAGAGCAAGCUGUCUGCGGAGAAACAGUUUGAGGUGCGUCUGAAGGACCUGCAGCUCAGCCUCGACCAAUCAGAGAGCCACAAGCAAAGCAUCCAGAACUACGUAGACUUCCUCAAAAACUCUUAUACAACAAUGUUUGAUGACGGACUGCAAACUACCACUUUUUCAUCGUCGUAUUUUCUAAAAUGAUUCAGAAUUUCUUUGUUUGCAUUUAAAAAAAUGUUUUAUUUAUUUGUCUUUGUACUGUUAUAUUUAUAAGGUCUAUUUAAAAAAUGAGAAUGGGGGCAAGAUAUCUACAUUUAGCUGACAAUCUGGGCCUUUUUUCUUCCAGAUAUCAGGGAAAUCUGCUGUUUUGAUAUGUCUUUUUUUUAGCCUAUGUCCCAAAAGACAUGACAUGAUUUUCUUAAGUUUGUGCAAAUAUUGUUGAAUGUUGUCUAUUGACUGGGAACUAUUGGUGCUACAAUGUCUUAUUCGGGUAUGGCAAUGAGCAAGUUGCAUAAAUUUAGUUUGACUACUCCAAAAAUUAGACUUGUGUAAGGA